AUGAAUUUGAAACAAAUAGUUUUGUUUGCAUGUGUGUUAGCUGUGUCUUUGGGACAGGAAUACCGAGUAUGCGUCACAAAUGGAGUGGUCCCAGCUUCAUGCAAUAGUUUGAGUAUUAACGGCGGCCGGUUUAUGUGUGAGCGUGUGGAAUCCAGGGUGGAAUGCGCGGAGAAGUUAGCAAAGAAAGAAGCAGAUGUAGCUUACUUCACUUCAGAAGAAACUUUACUUCUGGCGCAUCAACAACCCACUGACAGUAGAGUUAUUGCUACAGUCAGACAUAUAGAGAACCUUGAACCUUACGACUUCGAGGCAGUGGCUGUGGUUCCUCUCAACCACACCAAUGGUUUGGAAGGUCUCCGUGGUGGAGUAUACUGCCACCCAGGUUUCGAUGUUGAAGAUUCUAAGUGGUCUCUAAGAGUAUUGAAGACCCUUGAGCAACAGGCGGCCCGUACAGACAGAUGCCAGGAUGUCAACACAGCCGGCAAAACCGCUGAAGAGAUGGAAGUGGAUACCCUGAGCAACUUCUUCUCAUCAGCCUGCAGACCAGGAACCUGGAGUAGCAAUGACACCGUCGAUGCUAACCUAAAAUCCCGCUACCCAUCCCUCUGCAGCCGUUGUGGACCUGAUACCAGUUGUUCGAGAUACACGCUGGAUAUGGGCGUGUCAGUGGCUGGAGCCAGCAACGAUAACCGUCACAUCCAAGCCUUGGAGUGUUUGAGGGUCAAUGGCAAUGCUACCAACACUGCCGUGGCGUACGUUGCAUGGCAGCAUGUUAGACAAUUCUUUACUCGUCGCAACCCCAAUGACGCCCCGUUCUAUGCGGUGCUCUGCCCUAAUGGUACGCUGGCCCCCCUGACCACUGACACUCUGAACAACGCCAUCUCACCGUGUUCUUUCGUCCGUCAACCUUGGGGAACCAUUGUAGCUACUACAGACAAUGCAGCUGCCGUCCUUCUAGCCUUGAGGACCGCUUGGCCAGCAGGAUCCAACCCUGGCAGCUCUUGGCAGUCAACGUUAUUCACCAUGUUAGCUGGCCCAGCCACCGCUCGAGUGGUUUACGAGGACGCUCCUGUAUCGCCAGUGGACUUUACUUCCUCAUUCCGUCCAAUCAGCAACGCUGACGCCAGUGCGUCCUGCAUGCCCGCUCGCCGCUGGUGCACAGUCUCUGAAGCAGAAUUGGCCAAGUGCAACUGGGUGAGAGGUGCUGCUCAUAUUCUGGGUAUCCAGCCUUCUAUUACGUGUCUGAGAAGGAACACAGUCCUGGACUGUCUCUCUGACGUCAAAGCUGAACAAGUUGACUUCCUGGCAAUAUCUUCCACCUACGGCUACUUGGCUAGACAACACUACCAGCUAACUCCAGUAAAAUUGGUCCAGAACCAAUUUGCCAACGCGACCAAGAUCGCUGCUUUCGUUAAGGAGUCGUCUGUCGCUUCUGGCAACCUCACCCGCUUCGAGAACCUUCGAGACAAGAACGCCUGCUUCCCUGAAUUUGGUGGACUGGCGUAUGUGUCAUUCGUGAGAACUGGACAAGAGAGGGGAAUUUUGCCAACAUCUGAAUGCGACUAUGCGCGCGUUGUCGGCGAGUUCUUCGGAGGCGCUUGUGCCCCCGGCGCCAUUGAUGCCUCUUUCGCUCUCUCUGAUUCUUCCAGUUUCAAUUCAUCCAGAUUGUGCACAGCUUGCCGAGCUACGCCUGGUGUGGUCAACAUCCCUGACCCUGUCUGCACCUGGGACUUCACCACAAACCGCUACUUCGGUAACAAUGGCACCAUCGCCUGCUUGGCUGAUGCAACCAAUGAUGUGGCUUUCUUAAACAUCAGGAAUAUGCGAAGCUACAUACAGUCCCUUCAACUUCAAGAAAACCAGUUCCGUGCUCUCUGUUACAACAACUCCCUCGCCACGCGCACUGGUAUUGACAUCGAUGAUGGCUGCCUCCUGGCUCAUGUUUACGACAGCGAGAUCGUUGCUAGAAGAAGCGACCCAUACUACAACAGUUUGAGCACACUCUUCGACACCCUCGACGCAUACUUCGGAUACUUAGCAGCGAAUGGAAACCAGCUUAUCAACAUAGAACUAUACUCACCCUUCAACAGAGUCUCUCACUUAUUAUUCAGAGACACCGCCAUUGGUCUUGCUGAACCUAUCAGAAACCCAGACCUUGAGCUGGCCAAUAACUAUAUGAACCUCGUCAGCCACUUACAAUCUUGCACGGGCACCACACCUCCCGUGCCUGGGCAUGCAAACCGAAGCGUGUACUCCAUAAUAACCUUGUUCGUCAUGGCUCUAAUGACAAGAUUCGUUGUCUAUUAA